CGUAACAAAGCGCUGAUCUGGUCCUCCGCCAGUGAGGAAAGUAUUUAAUAAGCCGGUCCGGAACCUUCCGCUCCAUCCAUCGCACAGCGCAGACACCCCUCUCGAUUCAAGAGGAUUUUUUUUAUCUUCGCUUGACUCCAUUCUGAUUUAGCAGCAUACAACCAUAAAGGGAAUGAUUCUCCAGCUUAGCCGCAACCUGAGCCGGGUUGCCCCUGUUCUUAGUCGCAGCGUACACUCUGGCACACGCCCCGCCUCCACUGCCGUGUCCAAACUGAGGUCUGACCGUCCGCUCACUUCUGAGGAAAUCUACACACGUGAAAACAAGUAUGGAGCGCACAACUACCACCCCUUGCCUGUGGCCUUAGAGAGGGGGGAGGGCAUCUAUGUGUGGGAUGUGGAGGGCAACCGCUAUUACGACUUCCUGAGUGCUUAUAGUGCAGUAAACCAGGGCCACUGCCACCCAAAGAUCAUAGCUGCGCUCACCGCUCAGGCCUCCAAACUCUCCCUGACUUCCAGAGCAUUCUACAACAAUGUGCUGGGAGCCUACGAGGAGUACAUCACAGGCUUGUUUGGCUAUGACAAAGUCUUACCCAUGAAUACAGGGGUUGAAGGUGGUGAGACGGCCUGCAAGCUUGCCCGCAAGUGGGCUUACAAUGUAAAGGGAGUUCCUCAAAACCAGGCCAAAAUCAUUUUUGCAGAUGGGAACUUCUGGGGCCGCACCCUGGCAGCCAUCUCCACCUCAACUGACCCCAGCAGUUAUGAAGGAUUCGGUCCCUUCAUGCCAGGCUUUGAGAUUGUCCCAUACAACGACAUCCCUUCCCUUGAGAAAGCUUUUCAAGACUCUAAUGUUGCUGCUUUCAUGGUGGAGCCCAUCCAGGGGGAGGCUGGUGUGGUGGUGCCAGACCAGGGCUACCUGACCAAAGUCAGAGAACUUUGCACCAAAUACAACGUGCUGUGGAUUGAUGAUGAGGUGCAGACAGGCUUGGCGAGGACCGGCCGGCGCCUGGCUGUAGACCACGAGGAAGUCCGUCCGGAUAUCGUGGUUCUGGGCAAAGCUCUAUCUGGAGGAGUUUACCCUGUAUCUGCUGUUCUGUGUGAUGAUGAGAUAAUGCUGACCAUCAAGCCUGGAGAACACGGCUCCACAUAUGGAGGCAACCCCGUGGCCUGCCAGGUCGCUGUUGCUGCCCUUCAGGUGCUUGAGGAGGAGAAGCUGGCAGAGAAUGCUCAAAGGAUGGGAGAGCUGCUGCGGAGUGAGCUGAGGAAACUGCCCAAAGACAUUGUGACAACAGUGAGAGGGAAAGGCCUCCUCAACGCAGUCGUGAUCAAAGAGACCAAAGACUAUAACGCCUGGAAGGUGUGCUUACGCCUUCGUAACAACGGACUGCUGGCCAAGCCCACCCACGGUGACAUCAUCCGCCUGGCCCCACCCCUCAUCAUCAAAGAGCACGAGCUGCGCGAAUGCAUCGACAUCAUCCAGACGACCAUCUUGUCCUUCUAAUCAACAGCCAAGAUUUCAACAAUGCACAGAUGAUCUUCAAACUGAUAAUCCUGUCAAAAGGUUGCUCUUAACAUUUAGUGGUUGUCUUUAUUUAAAAAAUAUAUAAGGGUUCUUCGAAGGGUAUUGCUGUAGAAAUACAGUAUACAGGGACUGUGUGGCGUGUGCUUCUAUGAGGCUACACUGACAAACUGCUGUAAAAAAGUGUUCUGUUAGACUGCCUCAGGAAAGACUGCAAUGCUGACACCUUUUUCAUUUUUAAAAAGAAUGUGUCCGAAGCUUUAAUUUCUUUUUUUGUUCAGUCUGACCGGCUGUUGUGCAAGACUUUAUGCUAUAAACUGAAGGCAAUACUUACCGAAAUGAAUUAUUGUUUGCGGUCCUCAAUAUGACAAACCGUUUAUUAGUGUACUAAACAUUGCAGUCAGUCUUCUAACAUAAACCUUGUGAAAGGAGUCUUGUUACAUAGAGAGCCAGCUAAUCUGGGUAUUUUUGAUCUUGAGAGCAGGGUUUCUGCACAUUUUUAAAAAGUGUUGAAUUGUAUAGGAACUUAUCAGAUUCCAGGUCUUGAAUUGUAUAGGAACUUAUCAGAUUCCAGGUCUUGAAUUGUAUAGGAACUUAUCAGAUUCCAGGUCUUGAAUUGUAUAGGAACUUAUCAGAUUCCAGGUCUUGAAUUGUAUAGGAACUUAUCAGAUUCCAGGUCUUGAAUUGUAUAGGAACUUAUCAGAUUCCAGGUCUUGAAUUGUAUAGGAACUUAUCAGAUUCCAGGUCUUGAAUUGUAUAGGAACUUAUCAGAUUCCAGGUCUUGAAUUGUAUAGGAACUUAUCAGAUUCCAGGUCUUGAAUUGUAUAGGAACUUCAGGUCUUGGAAGAGUUGUCAGACUUUUAAGUGCAAUUUCCAAAAAAAUAUUUUUGGGAAAUCUUUCCAGUUGUGACUAAUUUAAUGUAUCUGUACGUUGUUGCCAUUAAACUCUCUGAUGUAUGUUUUAUCUGUUACAAAA